AUGGAAACCAGGUUCCAUUGUGUGCUCCUUUUAUUCUCUUUUGGUGUGGUCUUGCCCAUGCAAAGACCCGAGUAUCACUCAGAUCAGGACAGCAGCCCAGCGCCAAGGAACAUUUCCCCUCAUCCUGGCGGCAGGUUCCCUCUGUACAUGAUGCAGCUGUAUCGCUCCUUUCGGGCGGCAGAUGCCUCGUCAUCAGUAGCUGUCAACACUUUAGUUGACAGUCGGCCGGCACGAGAGUCAGACUCCAUCCUCAGUCUCAUGGCAAAUGGUUGCCAUCAAGUGGGUGACAGAUGGACCGUUGCAUUUGACAUGUCGUCGAUCUCGACUAGUCACAGGGUCCACCUGGCAGAGCUCCGCAUCCGACUUCCAGGUCUGUCCCCCUCCAAGAAGGCUGUCGUGGAUUUAUAUCACUCCAAAAAGUGUGAGCGAGAAGGUGCAUCAUGCCAGGAUGUGCACCUUCUUCUGGGAAGCCUCACCACAUCAGUCAGCAAGUCUUCGUGGAAAGUUUUGAAUGUGACCGGCCUUUUAAAGUACUGGCUUUACCAGGGAGACACAAUGUCAGUCCAGGAGGCCUCAGGAGGGCUUGACCCUGACCAUGGGAGUGGUUCUGGGGAUUAUGGAGAAAUACCCAGCAAGAUCCCCUUCAAGAAUCCAGGGAGACACAGAAAGUGGCCACCAACUACAAAUCGAGCAAUGAUGCUGAUCUUCUUCAAACAUGACACCCCCCAGGAGGAUCACUUGGCAUACAGCCUCAUACACACAGUAGAACACUCCAAGUACGUAACCAAGGAAAGAAGCAGUGGCGAGAGCCAAAGUCGGCGCCACAAAAGGAACAGGAUGGAGAGGGUGAGUGCGGUGGCUCACCCCGCACCUACUUCAACACCAUCACCUGAGGGUGUGCAGCAUCCACUGUGUCGCAAGGUGGACAUGUGGGUGGACUUUGACCACAUUGGUUGGGACGAGUGGAUUGUGCACCCUAAGCGCUUUAAUGCUUAUCGCUGCGAGGGGGAGUGUCCAACACCCCUGGACGAAAGCUUCCGCCCGACCAACCAUGCAUACAUGCAGAGCCUCCUGAAAUACCACCACCCAGAGAGGGUAAGCUGCCCUUCCUGUGUGCCCACACGCCUCAGCCCUCUGUCCAUGUUGUACUAUGACAAUGACGACCUGGCCCUACGUCAUCAUGAAGACAUGAUCGUUGAAGAGUGUGGCUGUCACUGA